ACCGAAAAAAAAGACAUCUACAAUCUAAAAUGUUGUUAUCGACUAUACAUAAGCUGUCAGAAUUAUUUCACUUGUGCUUUGACCUACAGCUGUGCAAUUGGAUACUAAUGCUUUAAUAUACUAGACAUGGACAUGAGCGAGUACAAGAAAGAACGCUCAAGAGGUGAAGAAAUGAAUGUAGCAAGAAAAUUUGAAGAAAUGCAGAAACAAAUCGAUGAACUUAAAACAAAAAAACCGACAGAAAUACGAACGAAUGAAACGACUACAUCUGGCACAUUGGCUCCAAGAAAAGUCAACGAUGAAGGAAAUGAAAAGAGAACAAAAAAGAGAAUUCCUAUCGAAUUGAAAAAGAGAAUAAUCGCUAAACGUGAAAGUGGCAUGCGUAUUAAAGACAUCGCUUCACAUUAUGGUAUGCCACAGUCUACAAUUUCUACUUUUCUAAAGAAUAAAGAGGUCAUAAAAUCGACCAAGAGCAAAGAGACAGAGAAAGGUAGGGAGCUUCCACCCAAAGCAACAACCUCUAAACCAUCUCCCUCCACUUCAUCAAGUCAUGGCAUCAAGAGACCUGCGAGCGAAAAGUUGGACUUUACACAGCAACAACCCGAAAUAUUUAAGAAGAGAAACACGUUUGGUAUGAAAGAAAAGCAAGACCUCUUUUAUUUGGUUUUAGAAGGCAUUGACUGGGAAGCUGCACGAAAUAAAAUGAUACUAUGGGAACAUGAACCAAGAACCGCCGAAGAGUAUAAAAAUAGAGUUAAAUAUCAGUUCAAGAAAUAAUAAUGGAUAUAAUAUUGCCAGAAUUAGGAAUAGCUUAAGAUUGAACCGCAGUCAGAGGCAUGGUAAGCAAAAUGUGCGACCGGGGAAAGAAACUUUAUUGGCACCCCCUCCAUCACAUAGAAAUAUAGGCUUUUAAAUAUAAAAGAAUUUAGUAGUAAUAUAAUACAAACAACCUUAGAAUGUAUUACCUAACUAAACUAUUUACAAUAUAUUUUGGGCGUCCCUUGAAGGUGGUGCCCAGGGCAUCAUGCCUCCCUCUCGCUAUGCCUCUGACCGCAGUGAAGCCCCAGCUAUUUAAUUGAUUUAAUCUUAGAUUAUCAUGUUUAAUUAGUUUUUCCAUAUUUAUAUUUGGGAUUCCCUUCAAUGGGGCAUAUUUGAAAUAUAUUUUUUUUAGUUGACUUAGUUUUUAUAGUAGGCUAUAUUGUUUGGCGAAAUCUGAUUAGGCCUAUUUUAAUAAAAUGUAAUUUAUUAAUCUCACAAUAAUCUUUUUUCAUUGCACUACAUUUUAUAUAGCAUAUUGCUCUUUUUUUUUUUAUCUUUCUAUAAAAAUGUAUUAAAUUUGUUAUGGUAUUUAAAA